AACUAGUCACUCUUGCUACUCGUACAUUGUCGACUAUUUGCUUUCAUAGUUCCUAUCAGUAACCCCAUGGCCAAAUCCACUUUCUUCAUUUGCCUUAACCUUUCUUUCCUCUUAUCCUCUCUGGUCACUGCUAGUUACUAUCAAACUACGUCCCCAUCGAUUUUCGAUUUUCGCGAGGAGAAGUUCACUCACCUUCACUACUACUUCCAUGACGUUGUGACCGGCCCAAACCCAAGCAUGGUGGUUGUGGCGGAGCCCAAUGGGAAGGUCGUGGAUUCGCUGCCAUUCGGAACCGUGGUGGCGAUGGACGACCCAUUGACCGUUGGGCCGGAACCCGACUCCAAACUGGUGGGAAAGGCCCAAGGAAUUUACACCUCUAUAUCGCAAGGGGAGAUGGGGCUAAUGAUGGUGAUGACCAUGGCUUUCACGGAGGGUGAGUUCAAUGGCAGCAGCAUUAGCGUGUUGGCAAGGAACAUGAUCAUGAGUGAACCUGUGAGAGAGAUGGCCAUUGUUGGCGGCACUGGAGCUUUUCGAUUUGCACGGGGGUAUGCUCAGGCCAAGUUUCACUCUGUCGAUUUCUCCAAAGGGGAUGCCAUCGUUGAAUACGAUGUAUUCUUGCUCCAUUAUUGAGAUUUAAU